GGCUCAAGGGUCCGGGCUCGUGAAGUUUUUUCCUGGCCCCUGGCUCUUGCCUUCCCCUUGCUGGCAGCCCUUCGGCGUGCUGCGGCGCAACCGGCAAAGCCAGGCGCUGCUAACGCCAAUGAUCGUGUCGCUUAUGGACUUGCAUUGCGCCGCCGCGUCGGCGCCAGGGGUGCAGGCCGAUCGUCCAGGCCGUCGCCCCAGUGCCGAGGGCGCCGCCGCCCCCGCUGCCCCCGGCCGUGCCCCCGCAGGGGGCCCUGCCCGCGCCCCCGCCCCGCGCGGCCGCUGGAGCGCCGCCUGGCGCGCAGCCCCUGAGCCUGGAGGCGGCGGUGCUGGCAGGCCCCCACGCGGCGCUGUACCCGCCCCUUCCGCCGCCGCCGCCGCUGGCGCCCGCCCCGGCGCUGCCGCCCACUGCGCCGCGGCCGCCUGCGCCUCCGCCCGCCGGGGCGUCGCCCGAGGAGAUUGCCGAUCAUUGGAUGCCGGUGGACAGGUGCCCCCGCCGCUGCUGCCGCCGGGCACGCCAGCCGCGCCGCGGGCGCUGCCGCCGGCCUCCCUCAGGGCGUUCGACUGCGAGACCCCGCCGCCCCCCGCCACUGAGCCGCUCUUGCCGCCAGAGGCGCCAGCUGCGGCUGCGGAGUGCGGCGCCGACUCGUUGCGGUUCCCCCCGGGGCUCGGGCCGCCGCCCGGCCUGGGCUGCCCCGGGGGCGAGGCCGGGGCCCAGGGCAGGCGGCCCCAGGAUCCUGUGGCGCGGUCUGGCCCGGUCCCGACGAGGCUGGACGCAGGCCUCGACGGCACGCUGGCCGUCGGGCGCGACCUGUCGCCAGCGUUGUCGGCGAAGGCGCUCGCGAGCGCUGCGGUGUUCAUAGGCGGUGGUGGUGGUCGCAAGGAGUGCGGCAGCGACGGCCUGUGUGGGUACUGGUACGCAGCUAGCGCAUUGCUGGCGCUCUGGGGUGCUUACAAGCUAUCGUGGGAUGGGCAGGGUCUGGAGCACUGUCACAAGCACACUGUGUUGCUAUUAAUCAUGCUGUGGUGCUUGCAGGCGAUCGCGAGGCUCACAAGCGCAUUGUUGGUGCUCGCAGGUGACGGAGUGGCUCAGGUCGUCUCCGCGGAGGUUAAGCAGGCGGUGGAGGACAAGGACGGCUUCAACGAGGUUAAGGGUUCGGGUGUCACGACUAGUGCUGGCAAGAGGAGAUGCCCAUGGCUGGUGAAGCUAAGACGCCGCAAGGUUUGCAGGCGAUCCCGCAGGCUCGCGCACCUGGCGAGGCUGUGUGGCACAGCCACUCAUGUCUACAAGCCUAGAGAUCUGUCCGUGGGAUCCUGCAGGCGCUCGGCGACGGGCCCCGCUUUGGCGGGCGUCCAGGGCGUCGGCCUCGGGCGGCCCGGCGUUCGGGCCGCUGAGAUUCUGGUGCGUGCGCUGCUUCUGAUCUUGCUCUGCAGCCGUCUCGCGGGCGUCCGGCAGAAAGUCGCGCGGGCAGUCCUCUCGAGAGCGGCCAGGAUCGCCCAGGAGCGCCUGGCCGCGCCCAGAGCCUGGAACUUACAGGUCUGUAAGACCCACCUGGGCACCCGGAACUGCGACUACCGCAUGAAGCGCUACGUCUUCCGUCGCACGGUGGACGGCAUCCACAUCAUCCACCUCGGUAAAACUUGGGAGAAAUUGAUGGUCGCAGCCCGCGUCAUCGUUGCGAUCGAGAACCCCCAGGACAUUAUUGUCGCGUCCCAGCGCCCCUACGGCUCCCGCGCGGUGCUCAAGUUCAGCCAGUACACGGGCGCCAUGCCGCUGGCGGGCCGCUGGAUGCCGGGCACUCUGACCAACCAGAUCACCCAGAAGGAUACCUCGAGCCGCGGGCUGCUGAUCGUGACGACCCGCGCACGGACUGCAGGCGUGAAGGGGGCCGCCUACGCGAGCAUCCCAGUCCUCGCCCUCUGCGACACCGACUCCCGCCUGGAGAACGUGGACAUCUCCAUUCCCGCCAACAACAAGGGCAAGGAGUCCAUCGCGCUCCUGUACUGGCUGCUCGCCCGCGAGGUGCAGUACUUGCGCGGGACCAUCCAGCGCACGCAGCAGUGGGACGUGAUGGUCGACUCAUUCUUCUGGCGCGACCCCGAGGAGCUCGAGCGGCAGGAGGAGGAGAACCAGUUCCCCGCCCAGGAGUACGUCGCGCCCAAGCCCGCCGCGGCCGACGACUGGAGCGGCCAGGCCACCGGCGGGAACUGGGACGACAUGACCACGGGCGCCGCGGCCGGCAACGACGACUGGAGCGCGCCCGCGGGCGGCCAGGCCGCCGAGGGUGCCGGCAACUGGUGAGCGGCCCUUCCGGGCAGGUGGCACGCGGCCCUGGGCGCGGCGGAGCGCCCUGAUCGGCGCCCGGUGAGA